GAAAAUUUAUUUAUUAAUUCAAGCAUUCAGACUUGAACGGUCAACAGACUAUUGCUGAGCUAGAAAAAGAACACGAACAGGGAAACAGGGGAUCUCUCUGCGGAAGCUCCCACCCACUUCGUCCAUGGCUUCCUAUGCUGCGCUCCACCUACCAUCUUCGUCAUCUCACCUCACUACAGCCUUUAAAACCCGUCCAUCUUUCGGGGCUCACAACGUCCAAGUCUGGAAGCCCCUUGGGAUCAAGGCUUCAACUUCUCUGGGCUACUCAACGACCUCUCACCCCAACACACCACCAACAUAUCCUAAGAAUAAUAUUUGGCAAUGGAAAUAUAAGGAGAAUUCCGUGAAUAUCUACUAUGAAGCUUACGAGAAGGAGAAAGAUGGGUAUUCCUUGAAUAUCCUGAUGAUGCCGACUAUAUCUGAUGUUAGCACUGUGGAGGAAUGGAGAUCAGUGGCUGAAGACAUUGUGGGUCGAGAUGGGGCCAGCAGUUACAGGGCCACCAUUGUGGACUGGCCUGGUUUGGGAUACUCUGAUAGACCUAAGCUGGAUUACACUGCCGAUCUUAUGGAGAAAUUCUUGGUUGACUUCAUCAAUGCGCCUGGUGGUCCUUUAAGCAGCUCAAGUAAUGACUUGGUGGUAGUCGGGGGAGGGCAUGCUGCUACUAUAGCUGUCCGUGCUGCCAAUAAAGGUUUGUUGAAGCCAAUUGCUAUUGCUGCUAUUGCGCCCACUUGGGCUGGUCCACUUCCUAUUGUUUUUGGUAAAGAUUCUAAUAUGGAGACAAGGUAUGGUCUUCUUAGAGGGACUUUACGGGCUCCUGCCGUUGGCUGGAUGAUGUACAAUGUACUUGUUAGCAACAAGAAAUCAAUCGAGUCACAGUACAAAUCACAUGUUUAUGCUGAUCCAGAGAAUGUCACUGCAAGUUUUAUCGAGAGCCGAUAUGCACUUACAAAGCAGAGAGGUGCUCGCUACGUGCCGGCAGCUUUUUUGACUGGUUUACUCGACCCUGUAAAAUCCAGGGAGGAAUUUGUUCACCUUUUUGCAGGGUUACAGGGAAGCAUACCUAUUCUUGUUAUUUCAACCCCUGGCUCUCCAAAGAGAUCAAAAGCAGAGAUGGAAGUUCUUAGGGAAGCUGAAGGAGUGAGCAAAUAUGUUACAGUACCAGGGGCUCUUCUCCCCCAAGAGGAGUAUCCUGAGAAAGUUGCUGAAGAGCUUUAUAGGUUUUUACAGGAGUAUUUGAGCUAAAGACCAGUUUAUAUGACGGUUAAUGGUUUAACCCCUGUAUGAGUUUCACCUGGUAUACAAGAACUUUGUGUUUAUAUGAAAAAGAGAAACAAUACAUCUAUUUAGUGAGCCAUUGUUACUUUCAUUAGGACUUGAACUGUCUUGUAAUGAAUCAUUUUUUAAGUUCCAUAUAAAUACGAGAUAUGUACUAAUAAUAUUAGUCAUUAGUAAAACAUCUUAGCGAGAUAGCGAGAUGUGUUUUGUUGUGCA